GUCACCCUCCCCGCCUCCUUGUCAGUCAGGCCGAGGGGGCGGCGCGGCCGCCGGGGGCAGCGCUGAGCUCAGAGCUGCCGCAGCGCCGAAGCGGGAGCCGGAGCCCCAGCGCACAAGGGAGCAGGGCUCUAGGCGCGAGCGGUAAAAGGCGACGCACCCGAGGCCGGAGCACUGCUGCGCCGGGCUCAGGGUCCGCGCCCUGCCUGCUGCAGACCGGCCUAAGCGCCUGACCACGACCCGAUCACCCCACCAGCCCGGAGCCCACCCCAGCCCGGCCUAGCGGAGCUCCUGCGUCUUCCCACCGCAGCCUGCGCUCCGUCCCCAGCUCGGGCCCUGCAUCCAGGCCGCCAGGAUGGACGUGUUCAUGAAGGGCCUGUCCAUGGCCAAGGAGGGCGUCGUGGCCGCCGCGGAGAAAACCAAGCAGGGGGUCACGGAGGCGGCGGAGAAGACCAAGGAGGGCGUCCUCUACGUCGGAAGCAAGACCCGAGAGGGGGUGGUGCAAGGAGUGGCCUCAGUGGCUGAGAAAACCAAGGAGCAGGCGUCACACCUGGGAGGAGCCGUGUUCUCUGGGGCCGGGAACAUCGCAGCGGCCACGGGCCUGGUGAAGAGGGAAGAGUUCCCCACCGACCUGAAGCCCGAGGAAGUGGCCCAGGAAGCUGCUGAGGAGCCACUGAUCGAGCCCCUGAUGGAGCCAGAAGGAGAGAGCUAUGAGGAACUGCCUCAGGAGGAGUAUCAGGAGUAUGAGCCAGAGGCGUAAGGGCCCAAGAGGGCCCUCCACCAGCAGCACAAUCCCUUCCUGGUCCCCCCCCUCCCCCCCCCCCCAGAGCCAGGGCUGUCCUUCUAACCCUUCCCCCAAACACGAGAUCUUCCUUCACUCCGAGGCACCCCCUCGGAGCCCGUGUUAGUGUCUGACCACCCAUCUGUUCUACCCACUGGCGUCAAACCCUGGGGCGUGGACGAGGCCACUAGGAGCCUCGCUCCACCUGUGUUGUGUUGCCCCCGCCCCACCCCCUCCCGUCCAGUGUCUGCGCAGAUGUAGCAUGUUCUAUGUGUUUUUAAAUGAAGAACUGAAAGCUACGGCUCCCUACCCCACCCUGACAGCAACCCCGGCCGCCCCAGAGCCCCCCACCCCACUCCCACAAUGACCCCAAGAACCCUUUUUUAACCAGAACCAGGAGCCAGACUGUGCUCCCUCCCCCAGCCGGCCCGGUCCAAGCGCGGGCGUUGUGUGUCCUGACUGUGGCAUGGAGAGUCCCCCAGCCCCGUGUGCGAGUGUUCCGGGCAGGCGGCACAGCCGCCCCCGCGUGUCCGUGAAUAAAGUCAAUCUGUCUGGAGCCGGCGCUGCUAGGGCAGGGCUGGACGCCGGAUGAGGGUGGCCGACGACCGGGUUCCGAGUCCCACACUGCCCCCCUCCCCUCUUUGGGGCCCAGCACACUCGGCCCAGGUGCGAAACUGACAACCCUCUGGGUGGGAUGACCUGGGGGUCAGGGGUUCCCCCAGGCUGGGACAGGCAGUUGGUUGGGAGGUGGGCCUGCGGUCUCCGGAGCCUCCUGCUGGGCGGUAAAGCCCCUGCCGCAGGUUCUCGGAGAAGGGGAGCCCGGCGCGCCGCCGCUUGGCGCUGGGGGUGGACAGGCUCACCCUUCACCGCGCACGCAGCGCAGGCGCGUGGACGGCCAUGCACGCGCGGACAGACGCGGGCGUAUUGGGGUCCCUGCGCACCAGUCGGAGUGUGCGCCCCCUGGCAGGCGCUUACGUGCUCACACGCGUGCAAGCACGCAAGCCGAUUCGUGCAGACACGUGCACACUCACAGUGCUGGGAAACCAGCAGCGCGGGCACUGUAAGGCACAGUUACGCGCAGACCUCUCUCCUCCCCAGAACGUUUACACGCAUACACACCUUCUCACACCUGCCCAACACAGACAAGCCCAUCCAAGGGGAGGGAAGAUGGGCAGCUGCCUCAGAAGGAGCCACACACAGCUCGGGCGACCGGGGCUUUACCCCUCCUGGAAAGGCGUCCAAAGGUUCGUAGCCUGAGCUGAGGGGGGUGAGGGUCUGCAGAAACCCGGAUGCCCGGGCCAGACGCCUAGAGCGGACCGGAAUCGACAGUGGAGGGACCCCAGCACCGCCUAGGUGUGGAAAGGAAGGCUCGGAAACGCCGAGGUGCUGCUCAGAGGCCCACCUCCGACUAGGCGAAGGCGCUGCUCCCAUUGGCCUCGCCCGCUGCCUUUCGACGCGACGCUCACGCCCUCUUUGCUGCUGAGGCCCUCUAACCUCCCCGGCACAGAGGCCGGCCCGCCCCGGCGGAACCCCCGCCUUGCUUCGUCGCUGGGCGCCCCCAACCUCGCCAGCGUAAGACCGCACCCUCUUCUCUGCCUCCUCAGGGCGAGAAGAAAAUUGCACUGCUGGGUCAACCCCAAGUGUUAGCGCUGCCUCUUCCCCUGAGGGGUCGGGGGAAGACCAGUCCACUCGGAGCACCCUGGCUGGCAGCACCCUGAGCCCUUACCUCUGGGAGUCGGAGGCAGCUGGCAGACGAGUGUGUAGGGAGAGCAAACCUGUGGGCUUGGAGUCUCUGACCCCAAGCGAGGGUGCCAGGAUCUCCAGAUUCCUUUCGACUGAAUUAGGACACUAUGCAGGGAAUUGCAAAUUCCUGGCCCUCAGAUUCCAUUGGACCUAUAGAGAUGUUUAACAAGGUUUAAUUUUUUUCCCCUUUAUUCCAGUUGUCAAGAGUCCCUUUCUCUCCCU